CGGACGACAUGGACGAACAGACACCUCCACCCCCUGACCACGGUUCGACACCACCACCACCGCCAUCCGUGUCAGGAUCACCCACUGAUUUCUUAAAAGGCGUCGUUGGAAAGCGCGUCAUUGUCCGUUUGACCUCGGGUGUAGAUUACCGUGGUGUGCUGUCAUGCCUGGAUGGUUAUAUGAACAUCGCACUGGAGCAAACAGAAGAACAUGUCAACGGUAUGGUCACCAACCGAUAUGGCGACGCGUUCAUUCGAGGCAAUAACGUGCUCUACAUUUCGGCCGCGGAAUCCUUGUGACCUGCCUAGGAGUCUUCUCGCCGUGUCUAAACCGUGAUGCAGUUGUCGUGAUAGGAAUACUAUUAUGAAUGUACCCAUUCAGUGUAAAUAAGGUAGAGCAGCGCUCGAUGGAGUUUAUUCCUGAAUGGUUUCAGGAUUGGCUACUGUUGUGGAAGGACAAUCUCAUAUGCACUUGCCCGUAAUCUUAGAAUUGACCGUGG